AUGCGUACCGGGCCUCUCGCCCUGUGCCCUGCCACCCGAGCAGCAGCCCAGCCCUGCAGCGAUCCCCCUCUCCGGUGCAGGCACAGGAUGGGGAACCUGGCCAGGCUGGGCAUCACGAGCCUGCUUCUGGUGGUGGCUUGGGCAGCCCCGGCCGAGGAGCAGAUGAGGAAGGUGGAGGAGCCCAAAGAUGAUCUUGCCCUCUAUGAAAACCUGGACCUGGACAACUACGACCUCACGCUGGACAACUACGGUGAGAUCGUUGACUUAAGCAACUAUGAGGAGCUUUACGACUACAGCGACCUUGCUCCAAAGAUUGAAGUUGGGACUCUGGCUCCCCCCACCAAGGCCCAAGAAGGUCUCCCAAACUUGGGCACCACUGCUGAAAUGCCGAAGCUGCAGCCCCCAUCCACCUCCGCCGCUGGGUCCAGCCCCCCAGGUCUGCUGGAGCCCGUCACUGCGGGAGGGCCGCCCAGCUGCCCGCGCUGCCUGUGCCUGGGCACCUCGGCGUACUGCGACGACGCCGGCCUGGAGCGCAUCCCGCCGCUGCCGCCGCAGACCGCCUACCUCUACGCCCGCUUCAACCGCAUCGGCCAGAUCCGAGCCGGCGACUUCGCGGGGCUGAAGAAGCUGAAGCACAUAGACCUGACGAGCAACUCCAUCUCCCGGGCAGACGCGGAUGCUUUCCGCCUCCUCCCGAGCCUGCAGGAGCUCAUCCUGCCCGGGAACAGGCUGACGGCGCUGCCCGAGCUGCCCCGCAGCAUCGUCAGGCUGGACGCCCGCCUCAACAGGAUCUCCAGUGCCGGCGUCAGGCCCGACGCCUUCCGGGACCUGACGCAGCUCCAGUUCCUCUACCUCUCCGACAACGAGCUGGACUAUAUCCCGUCGCCCCUGCCCCAGAGCCUGCGCUCGCUGCACCUCCAGAACAACAACAUCCAGACCGUGCACGAGGACACGUUCUGCGACAGCCAAGACCACAGCCACGUCCGCCGGGCUCUGGAGGACAUCCGCCUGGACGGCAACCCCAUCAACCUCAGCCUCUUCCCCGACGCCUACUUCUGCCUGCCGCGCCUGCCCACGGGCCGCUUCCACUGAGGGCACCCGCACCCCCACGGCCCGGCCCCUCCGUCCCUGCCCGCCCCACCGAACAUGUGGGGUCGAGCCGGCUUCUCC